AUGGGAGAUGAUUUGAAAGGUGUUGAAAUAAUGGACGCUGAAAAAAAGGAUUUGGCUGCAUCUGAAAUAAUACCCUCAUCAUUGGCCACAAAUAACAGUAUUGCUGGUGAUUCAUUGUCGAUGAUGAAGAAGGAAUUGAAUAGUAAUGAGGGAAAUACUCAACAACAACAACAACAACUACACAAGACAAUAAUAUUAGGAGAUGAUGAGGAUGAUUCCUCUAAAGAAGAUGAGUCAGAAAAUUCGAGUUUGAGAAAGUCAGAUAGCUUUACACUAUCCACUGGAGAAGAUUUAAACACAUAUCCUUCUAGGUUUUCAUUUGAAUAUCUAUUAAUCAAGGGAAUUUUACAUCCAAAGAUGGUUUCAAUAACCUUAUUCAUUCAAUAUCAUACGAUUUUAUUCUAUUCAUUCUAUUAUCAAGAUUUCUACUCUACCGUAGUGCUUGCGAUUUCUUUUAUUGUUGGAUUUCUGGUGAAUACUCGUUUUGCACUCAACUCGAUAUGGGCAGCUGUCAAAGUUGGAUCCGAUAAAGCAGGAAAUGCUGAAGAUGAUAAGGGAAGAAUGAUUUGUAAUUUAAUAUUAUUUUCUCUACGAUUUUACUAUUUAAGAUCAAUGAGAAUGAUGCUCAUGCCAAUUUAUUUCAUGAUUAUUACGAGUAACAAUAAUCUUAAACGAGAGGAUAUGAUUUGGACUCUAUUUCCAACCUAUUAUAUUUCAAUGCAUUUCAUAGGAAAUCUUGGGUAUAGAUUUCUUCUAUUAUUGAUUGGACAGAGUACAGAAGAUUUUGGAUUUUUCUUUUCAGAGAAUAUUAGUACCAUGAUGUGUGUUGUAAUGUUUAGUUUCUAUAUUACAACCAUCUCAAUGCACUUGAAGAAUAAGGUCACUUCACUGGAACAUACAGGUAGCAAACUUCAAUCAGCUCUCUUGACAAAACAAACAUUUUUAAGACAUAUAAGUCAUGAAUUCAGAUCUCCAUGCUUGAGCUCACUUGGAAGUGUGGAACUUUUAAGAGAAACCAAUUUGACACAACAACAAACAGAGCUUGUUGAUACUAUUGCUUCAGCUGAUGGAAUUUUACUCACUCUUAUUGAGGAUAUUUUACUCUUGGCUACACUUGAACAUGAAAAGACUGUGGGAAAGAAAGGAGCCAUUGACAAGUACAUUCAAGUAUUCAAUCUUGGAAAAUGCAUGAAACUAUUAGAAAAUAUCAUUAGAAGUUAUUGUACACAAUUUAAUGUGUCUUGUAAAUUAAUAAUUGAUGAGGUUUCAAAGAACGCUUGCGUGCGAGCUAACCAAUCGAGAAUUCAACAAGUGAUUAGUAACUUAUUAACCAAUGCAGUGAAGGCCUCCCACAAGGAUGGAGUUGUAGAAUUUAUUUGCACCUGCGAAGGUGAGCCACGCUUGAUCAAUGGAAUUAAGGAACAGAAUUUUGUUUUCAAAGUUGUGGAUCAUGGUGUUGGAAUUGAGAAGAGCAAGCAACAAAAGAUUUUCGAGCCAUUCUUUCAAUUGCACAAUGUCAAUGAAUCAACAAUGCCAUCAUCUGGAUUAGGAUUGAACACUGUAAUGCACAAUGUACGUUCAAUGGGAGGAAAGAUUUCUGUCGAGUCAGACCUGGGUAUUGGAAGUACAUUUACAAUUUCUUUACCUUUAGAAUUGGUAGAAGAAUCUCUAGCUAGGAAUGGUUCAAAAGAGGAUUUGGCCAAUUCUUCCAUUAAUAGACAAUUACAAAUUCAAGCUUCAUAUCUGAAAUUGUUUGAGCAUUCUGAAAAGGAUUACAAGGUCUCCUCAAAUCCUAAAGCAAGAAUAAUUCUGGCAGAGGAUAAUUCUAUCAAUAGAAAAGUGUUGGUAAAGUUGUUGGAAAAUUUAGGAUAUUGUUGUGAUACAGUUAGGGAUGGCAAAGAACUUGUGGAAAAGGUAGAUUUUAUGAAGCACAAGCUUGUCAUUACAGAUAUGAAUAUGCCCAACUUGAAUGGGUUGGAAGCAGCCACAAUAUUAAGACAGAGAUACAAAGAUGAGCUCAAGAUUAUUGUUCUGACAGCAGAUGUUCUGUGUGAUUUUCCAACCAAUGUAUUUGAUGCGGUCAUUAUGAAACCUUGCAAUAAGGCAACACUUCAGCCCUAUCUAGAGAAAUGGGCAAAAGAAUAA